UAUAUUUUCGUGGACUCUAUCAUUAUAAAUCGAAGUCGGGUGGACUUUAAACCAAUUGAAAAUUUUGCUGUCUCAUUUCGAAUCAUAUAAAGGUUUAUAUAAAGGCCUAAAACAAGCGAGAACAUUACUUCUUAAUUUGCCCUCCGCAAAAAUGACGAGAUCAGAGGAGUUACGUUUUGAUGGCCGUGUUGUUGUGGUAACAGGAGCAGGAGCAGGACUGGGUCGAGCAUAUGCUCUUCUUUUUGCUUCAAGAGGUGCCAGUGUUGUCGUAAAUGAUUUAGGUGGAGGACGACACGGCGAUGGAAGUAGUACCAAAACUGCAGAUACAGUUGUUGAAGAAAUCAAAAGAAAUGGUGGAAAGGCAGUUGCCAAUUAUAAUUCUGUCCUCGAUGGUGCAAAAAUCAUCAAAACAGCUAUCGAUACUUUCGGACGAGUGGAUGUAGUAGUCAAUAAUGCUGGAAUUCUCAGGGACAAAUCAUUUGCAAAAAUGUCAGAUACCGAUUGGGAUUUGAUACAAGAUGUUCAUUUGAAAGGAGCAUAUAAAACUACUCAAGCCGCAUGGCCUUACUUCAUUAAACAAAAUUAUGGUCGCGUGAUAAUGACGACAAGUAACAGUGGACUAUAUGGUAACUUUGGACAAUCGAAUUACAGUUCAGCAAAAAUGGCCCUUGUUGGUUUAGCUAAUACAUUAGCUAUAGAGGGUGGGAAAAGAAACAUAUAUACAAAUGUUAUAGUACCAACUGCCGUAUCUCGUUUAACAGAAGACAUUAUGCCACCAGACUUUCUUGACCAUUUAAAACCUGAAUUGAUAGCUCCGGUAGUAGUCUGGUUAUGUCAUGAUAAGUGUACAGAGAAUGGUUCCAUUAUCGAGUCUGCAUUAGGAUGGGCUGGAAAAUGUCAUUUAGUUCGUGCAUCAGGAUCCACUUUAAGGCAAAGUUUAUCCCAGGAUGUCACUCCGGAAGAUGUUGAACAAAACUGGGCAGCUGUUACUAACAUGUCGUCUGCCAAACAUUUUGAUAGUAUCGAGCAUGUAACAGGACAGUUUAUGACUGCGAUAGAAGAAAUGAAAUCUGGAAAUACUAACAAUGGAAAUUCAACACAGGAUAAUAGUUUGACACAUACUUACACUACUCGAGACACGAUAUUAUAUGCAUUGGGAGUCGGUGCUACCGUACAAGAUACGUCUGAUAUGCGUUAUCUGUACGAGAAUCAUGAAGACUUUGCUGCAUUACCAACAUUUUAUGUUCUCUAUGGUCCAGUGUUUGUAAUGUCUUCUAGAAUAUUCGAAGAAGGUUUACCUGGAUUUCAAAUAGACCCGAUGAAGAUGCUGCAUGGAGAACAAUACUUGGAAGUUUACAAAUCGGUGCCAACAGAAGCUACUGUGCGAACACAAUUUAAACUUUUAGAUGUACUUGACAAGGGUUCAGGAGCUGUAUUUAUAAUACAGCAUGAAACAUUCGACUCCGUCAGCGGAGAUAAAUUAUCUACAGGACAGAUGUCAAUUUUUGCAGUAGGAGGUGGUGGAUUUCAAGGAAACCGAACAUCUUCCAACAUUGUGCCAACUAUUGAUCCCCCUAAUAGAAAACCAGAUGCAUCCGUUACGCAACAAACUAGUUACGAUCAGGCAGCAUUAUAUAGAUUGAGUGGCGAUACAAAUCCUCUACACAUUGACGCAAACAUGGCAGUAAUUGGUGGUCAUAAAAGACCAAUUUUGCACGGUUUAUGUUCCUUUGGAUUUUCUGUCCGUCACGUCCUGAAAACUUAUGCCGGCGGCGAUCCAAGUGCAUUCAAAGCUAUCAAGGUCCGUUUCGCGAAACCUGUUCUUCCAGGUCAGACUCUGCGUACCGAUAUGUGGCAAAAUGGAAAUAGAAUACAUUUCCAAACGUAUGUCACAGAAACUAAUGUACCAGUCCUGACAGGUGCCUACAUCGAUUUGAAAGAGGUAAAAGUUAAUCAACUUCAACCAAAUCCCUGCUCAGGCACUGAAAAUCUUGAAAGCGAUGCGGUAUUCGUGACUAUAGGUGAAUACGUGAAAGCGAAUCCGGAAGAAGUAAAAAAAGUCAAUGCUGUCUUUGUUUAUCAUAUUCUAUCGAAAGGAACUCUACAAGCAACAUGGACUUUGGACUUGAAAAAAGCUGAAAUGUACAAAGGAGAGCCUAAAUCAGGGAAAGCCGAUGCAACGUUGACGAUCGAAGACGCGGACAUGAUUCAAAUGGCUUUGGGCAAAUUAAACCCUCAGACGGCAUUCAUGCGAAGAAAACUAAAGAUUACUGGAAAUAUCAUGCUCACUCAGAAGUUAAAGACUCUUAUGGAAGCCGCGAAAUCAAAAUUGUAAAAUCGCUAAUAUUCGUCGAUAGUUGAUAUACAAUUGUUGUUAUAUUGAGAUGUAUAAUUGUUGCCUUUUAAUGUUCGAAACUUUUAUAUUUUUAUAAUUUUUAAACGGUACAGUAAGGUUGAGGGUGAAAUGAUUAUACAUAAAUUAUAAUAAAUACCCUUUUGUUGAAAUGGUUUGGAAA